AUGAAACAAGAGGCUGAUAAAGAAACUCAAAGACUUAGAGCUAAAGUCACCGAUUCAGAAUCACAGAACGCGGCUGCUAAAGCCAAGAAACAAGCUAAACAGUAUGCUAGAAAGGUUGAAAAGGCUGAGAGAAAGCUUGCAAAAUUCGAACAGAAGGAAUCUACAUUCAACACUCAAAUUGGUAAGACACAAUCCGAUUUGAAGAAGACACAACAAUCAGUCAGAGAUGAAGAAUUGAGAAUUGUUGAGUUGGAAGACAUAUCAGAAAAUUUGGUGAAGAUCUGA